AUGUGGAACGUUGUUUCUCAGGUUGGGAAGGCGGCCUACCGCACCGCUGCCAAGACAGGCCUCGCCGCCGGCACAGAACAGCCUCCGUAUCCGUGCGCCCUGCCGCUGCAGCGCAUGGAAGACCCUGAAGACGGUCCCAGGGCGCAGGAGCUUCUUGACAACGUUUUUGCCGCCGCAAAGGACCUCCUCGAAAAUGACGCGGAGCACCAGUGGCGUCUUGUGGACUACCAAGACCCCGACAAGGGCGGUGACUUGCACCUCUUUACCCGUCCCCACAUUGGCCCCUUUAACUUCGCCAAGGCGACGGUCUCUUUCAUGGGCGUGACGCCGCAGCAAGUGCUUGACAUCAUGCACAGUGAUGAUGAGGCCAGUCGGAAAAAGUAUUCCGCCAAUAUGCUUCGGUUUGAGAUCCUUGCAAGGCCAACCCCAACUUCCAGCGUGCAGUACCAGGAAUAUUGGGCACCGCCACCAGUCGCAGGUCGCGAGUUUAUUUUUCUAUCCGAAAAAAAGUAUGUUGAAAGGGACGAUGUAUACUAUGUGUAUGGAUGUAGCAUUGACUACGGCCCACGUGAAAAGAUGUCCGAUAAUCGCGUGCGUGCUUCCUGCCUGUGGGCAUGGGAGCUAACACCCAUUGGCAACAACACAAUGGCUACUUAUGUGAGCUGCAUGAACCCACGCGGCUGGACACCCACCUUCAUCAUCGGGUGGCUGAAGUCGGAGAUUGGGAAGGAGCUGGUGUCGUGUCGCCGUGUUCUAUACGGUGAGGCCGUUCAACUGGAGCGUGCAUCCCUUGCUAGCAUUGGAGUGUCAAAGGAGGAGGAGAUGAUGAUGAGGCACUUGGAAGAGGAGGAGGCGUUGCCGCUUUAG